AUGGAACCGCCAGCCCCCCCUUCACUACCUGCAAGGCCACUUUCGAAGGCUCCACCGCCCAGACAGGCAAGUUUUUCAGUGUCAGAUCAGGUUGCCGCCCCAGCUCUCCCUCCCAAACCAUCGAUCCGAAGACGUCCCCAACCACCACAUGAUCCAGCAUCCUUCACGUCGCCGGGUCCGACUUUGGACCUAGAAUCAGACGCUGGAAGAGGACCGUAUGCACUUCAAAAUCAUCCAACCGGAACCGGACCUUCUGCGACCGAUGGCGUGUUUCCAGACUACUCUCGCUCCAAUCGGCGUCUUCCCUUGUUCUCGGAUGUGAUUGGAAUCCACGACAUCCAGCAGAAAUCACAUGGAGUCAGGGCAUUCAGCAUCUCGAAUGAACAAGUGGCGACAGCGACCUCCAAUAUCCGCAUCUACUCUGUCUUGACUGGCGAAAACAUUUCAUCAUAUGGGCACGAAAAAGACACCAAACCAACAGCGCUCAUGUUCACACAGAGUCGACGUCCGGAUUCGUUGGGUCAGUAUUUAUGGGCUGGAUGGAGCGAAGGCUCUUUGCAGGUCAUUGACACCAAGACGAGAGAGGUCGUGGAAAAGAAGCGGGCGGCUCACAAAGGAGGAUGCAUCACUCAGAUUAUUCGCUGCAAAACUCAGGUCUGGACAGUUGAUGACACAGGAUCCGUCUUUGUGUGGCAAGAGGACACAAUGCUUGGCCGUCCCACCAUUCAGGCGCCACUCCAGUCAUUGACAAUUCCACCAAAACAGGUGUGCGCCAUUGCUGUCCAGGACAUGCUGUGGUCGUCGGAUGGAGUCCGCAUCCAUGUGAUGCGAGUAGGACCGGAUGCAGGACGACCGAGGAUGGCUCCAAUUUCGAUGGACGUACCAUAUGGAAUCGGUCCAUUGACCUGCAUGGCGACGAUUGCGGGAAGCGGCCAGGUUUUUUCAGGACACGAGGAUGGCAAAGUCAUUAUCUGGUCUAUUGAAUCGCGCGAGAAGGUCCGGAUCAUCAACGUACACGCCUACAGGAUCAUGUCGCUAUUGGGUGUCGGGUCGUAUCUCUGGGCAGGAUUUGCUACAGGAAAGAUCUAUGUCCUCGAUCUGCGCCCUGAAGUUCCAGUCGUCAUGAAGGAUUGGCAGGCGCAUAAGGAAUCCGGUGUCGCAAUACUCCAACUGGACGAAGAGGGAUUGAUCCUUGGAUCCCGACACCAGGUCGGCAGCUGCGCAGAGAAUGGCGAAAUCAAAAUCUGGGACGGACUCAUGGCGAAAGAUCGUCAAAGUAAGCGAAUGGUCGAUCGAAGCAAAGAAUACUGUCAGUGGCGUGAUCUCAAGGUCUUGAUUUGCUCAUGGAAUAUUGAUGCAUCAAAGCCCGCAGCGCAGGAUGUCAAUGGCGGUGCAGAUAGAAGGCUAUUUGAGUCAUGGCUCACCGGCAUGGACCAAGAAGGACCACCCGACAUUAUCAGCGUUGGAUUCCAAGAGAUUGUCGAUCUGGAGAGCAAGAAGAUGACUGCCAAAUCAUUAUUGAAGGGUUCGAAACGAGCAGAAACAGAGACGAUUUCAAAGCAGUACAAGCGCUGGCAGAUCUAUCUGACGAAUAAGAUUCGGGAGCUGUAUUCGCCUAUGGGAGUUAACUUCAAGCUGCUCGAGUGUUCCAACCUGGUCGGUCUCUUCAGCUGCGUCUUUGUACGGGACCAGGAAUGGAACAACAUUCGAAGCGAGUGGACACAUGUGGACAUGGUUAAGACUGGCUUGAAAGGAUACCACGGCAACAAGGGUGGAAUUGCAACAAGGUUCAUCAUCGACGACACUUCGAUCUCGUUUGUGAACUGUCACUUGGCUGCAGGUCAAUCCCACACAAGGCAGCGCAACACCGACGCGGCCAAUGUGCUUAAAAAGCUGACCCACCCUAAUCCGGCGAUCUCGUCCGAGACUGUGCACCCAGAAGUCUUUUGGUUUGGCGACGGAACGAUGGCAAUGGACCAUGAGAUUUGCUUCUUAUCUGGAGAUCUGAAUUACCGUAUCGACGUCAAGUUUAGUGACGCAGUCGCACGAGUCCAGGCGCAGGACUGGGCGUAUCUGCAUCAGCACGACCAGCUGUUGCUUCAAAAGCUCAAGAACCCACAGUUUGUGUUGCGCGCAUUCAAUGAGAGCGAGCUGCUGUUUGCACCGACCUACAAGUAUGACCCUGGCACGGACACUUAUGACACCUCAUCUAAGCAUCGAACGCCUGCCUGGUGUGAUCGGAUUCUCUGGAGGGGCCGCCAUGUCCGACAGCUGUUCUACAAGCGCAACGAGUGCCGUGUCUCGGACCACAGGCCGAUCAGUGGAGGCUUUGUUGUUGGUGUCAAGAGGAUUGACGAGGCGCAAAGACGGGUGGUGGAGCAGCAGGUCAAGGAGGGGUGGCACAAGGUGCAAGAGAAGGAAAUCCGGAUCAAGAAGCUGGCAUGGCUACGGUCGUGGGGAUGGAUUGACACGCGUGUUGAGGGGAUCCUGGAUCGGGAGGGAGGUGAUCUUGCGCAUGUGGUGCGGAUUCUCUCUGCAGACCAAUAG